CCUACUUGUACUUUCCAAUCCCCCUCAAGAGACCCCGUUCAAUUCCCUUUCACUGGUCAACUGUCCAGCAUUCUUCCCUGUACUUCUUGUUUGUCGGCUGUCAUUUGAUCGCGUGUUUUGAAACCAAAACAGCCUGUUCUGCUCAAGGCGCCAUGGAUUUCUCGAGUCUCAAAGACCAGGUCAGCAACCUGACCUUGUAUGAUCUCAAGGCGGGUGUCCGCAAGGUCCAGAAUGCUGUCAUGAACUACACUGAAAUGGAGGCCAAGGUUCGCGAAGCUACGAACAACGAGCCAUGGGGUGCUUCCAACUCACUGAUGCACGAAAUUGCGAGCGGAACGCACAGCUAUCAAUUGCUUAAUGAGAUUAUGCCUAUGAUUUACAAGCGCUUCACAGACAAGACCGCCGAGGAAUGGCGGCAGAUCUACAAGGCUCUCCAGCUUCUGGAAUUCUUGGUCAAGAAUGGUUCCGAGCGCGUCGUUGACGAUGCGCGCUCCCACAUGUCACUCCUCCGCAUGCUUCGCCAAUUCCACUUCAUCGAUCAGAAUGGAAAGGACCAGGGUAUCAACGUACGCAAUCGAUCGUCGGAAUUGGUCAAGCUGCUCGGUGACGUCGACUUGAUUCGCUCGGAGAGGAAGAAGGCGCGGACCAACAAGAACAAAUUCGGCGGGUUUGAGGGAGGUUCACACAUCAGCGGUGGGAUGUCGAGCUCGGGCUCUGGCAGAUACGGAGGCUUUGGCAGCGAAAGUCUCUCCUUUGGAGGAUACAGUGGUGGUGUAUAUGGUGAUGGCGGCGGCUUCGGAGGCAACACAGGCGAUUUCAACGACUCUGGUAGUCGCUCGAACCGCUUCGAUGAGUAUGAUGAAUACGAUGAAGCCGAUGCCGCUCCCACACGGCGCCGCGCAGCUAGCCCUCCUCGCGCUCGUCCAGCGAAGCAACCGGAGCCUCCGAAGCCCAAGGCGCCCGAGGCCGACCUAUUCGAUUUCAGCGAAGAGCCGGUCGCAACGACAGCGUCCACGUCGAAACAGCCCGCGGGAGCCAGCGCCAGCAGCGGUCUCGACAUCCUUAACACCAACACCGCCGACGACGAUGACUUCGACGACUUCCAAUCUGCCACCCCGGCGCCCGCCCCGGCAUCUUCCGCGCAGUUCUCCAUCCCCGGCCCCGCAUCCACCGUCAGCACAACCUCCAGCACGCAAUUCGCCGCGCCCAAGCCUGUAUCUGGCACCCAAGGGUCGAACCUGAGCGGCAUCGUCGGAUUCACGUCGAUGACGCCGACCCCGACCUCGAGCACCGUUGCCUCGCCCACCCUGUCCCAAAGCUCUCUGGCGCAACCGCACAAGCCCGCCCAAGCGCAACCCAGACCCAGCGGCUUCCAAGCCGCCACCCCCAACUACUUCACCUCCGUCUCCGCCGGCCAGCCCCCUCUCAGCAGCGGCGGCGGCGGCGGCGGCGGCAACACCGUCUCCGGCCACCGGCCCGGCAUGCCCUCGACCUCCUCCUUCACCUCUACCACGACGACCGCCUCCGCCGGAUCCAAGCCCACCGCCGCCUCCAAACCUUCCGGCGGCGACGCCUUCGGAUCCAUCUGGUCCUCCGCCAGCGCCAGCGCGGGUCUCGCAAAGGCCAACGCCAACGCCAGCCGCGGACCCAACCUAGCCAGCAUGGCCAAGGAGAAAGCCAGUGCCGGAAUCUGGGGCGCGCCCGCAUCGAGCAAUGUGACCUCGCCAUCGCAGAGUCAGUACGGCGGUGGCUCAAAGUCGACGGAUGGUGGUAGUUCGGCGUUUGAUGAUUUGCUAGGCUAAGUUGGGGAUGGAUGAUUACUUGCCUUUUUUUUUAAAUUCUUCUUUUCUACUUGGUGUGCUAUCUUCUUUUCUUGGGGCCAAUGUUAUACCGUAGUACGAUUUGCUUUUUGCUUCAAUAUUUUUUCUUCUGUUUGUCAUCCGGAAAAAUCAUCUCGAGAGAUUUUCGCAUUCAUUUUCUUUCGUGUCGCUUACAAAAUAGCAAGCAUAUCUUUUUCCCCCCCCUUUGUUUUCCAUUUCUUGUGGUAUCAUGUUUGUGUCUAUACUUGGAAGAUCACUUAUGUUGCUUUCGCUUUGCUUCUGUUGUCUAGAUGAUUCGGUAGGAGGGGUGUGGGGGAACGGGGUUUAGAUACAGGAAAGCAAUGGAUGAUGAUGUUGGCUAGCUUUCAA